GCGAUGUUGCGUCUGUGACGCGUCUAAGAUGUGACGUUUCGUGGACAAACAACCUAAUAUAAAAUUUGUUGUAGUCAUUUGUUUUCUACUUUAGCGGGAGUAAAAUAUUGAUACGAUGAGUGAGACUAUACUUUUAAUAAAUUUUCAACACAUAAGAGAUCGUAUUUUUGAUAUUGGAAGAAACCUAAAGAUAGUUGAGGAAUUGAUUCUGGGAACACAGAGCUCCAAAAAUGGCUUGGUUGUAGCAGGACUCUGUAACAAAAUAAAUAAGGGUUACAAAAUAUAUAUUGAUACAGAUUCUAAUGAUUCUGAUCUAGACAAUAGUUAUUAUGCAGAGGACUCGGAAGAAGUUGCAAGCAUAGAAUUGUAUGAUACUACGGCUAUGAUCGAUGCUGAUCGCACUACAAAAUGUGCUAUAGUUGAUAUUGAAAUUAUUGAAGAAAAUAAUAAUGGUCAAAGUAAUAAUUUCGAUUACAUAGAAAGUUAUGAAAAAGAAGAAGAAUAUCCAUUGCCAGGUUGCAGCAAAGAUAUUAAUAAGAACGUAAAUAGUAAAUUUAAUAUUCAGUUUGAGGAAGAAGCUGUAAAAAUUUAUAGUCUUCUACCACAAAUGAAAUAUGAAAAUAUUUUUACUACGUUGUGCAAAAAUAGCAAUGCAGAAAAUCGUGUAUUGCUUACACUUUGGGAUCUGUUGCCUAAUAAAAGGCCAAAAGAACAAAGAAAAACUCAACAGUUUCCAACUAUAAAGAAAGUUGUAGGUAAUAAUACUGUUAAAAAUGAUGAUACCAUUUUUCAAAUUCAAAAUAUGGAUGAAGAUAUUGAAAUACUGUCUGAUGAUAAUUUGGAAAAUGAUUUAAUAAAUCCAUUUGACAUUAAAUUACUACAGAGGAAGGAAAAAGCAGUAUUUGAACAUAAAACUGCUUGUCAAAUUCCAAAUAAAAUAUUGCAUGAUGGUAAUGGAUCAAAAAAUAGAACGUUGCUUUCAACAAAAAACGUAUUUGAACAAAAUUUAACAAAUAAUUUUGGAGAAUAUAUGAAUAAAUACAUGCAAUAUUUACAAUUUGUGCAAAAAGCCAAGUCUAAAAGUUGGAAACAUUUUAAUUUUAUAAGUAAGAAUUCUAUAAGGCAAACUUUUUUAAGUUCACAAUUCAAAAAACCUUACAUUAAACCUUCACAAUUUAUUAAGAAAAACAAUAAGCUGAAAAUACAGAAUGUUGCGAAUACACCUAUGUUAAAAUAUGAUUCUUAUUUGCAUGAUUCAAAUGAUAAUAUAUUAGGCAUUAAUUCAUUUGAACAGUUAAAUAAAAAAAAGUCAAAUAAACAAAAUCAAUCCCGAACUGUAGCAAAAGUUGCAGUAGAAAGUUCAGCUCCAACACAAAUAUUUGAAGGUGUGAAAAGAAAGGAAUGCAUUCAGGAGGAAAUUGUUUUGUCUUCAAAGGAUGAAGAAGUAUUUCAAAGUUUAAAAUUUUUAUUUCCUGAAAUCAAUGAAGAUUAUAUGAAAGAUUUAUGUCUUGAAUAUUCUGAGAAGUAUGACGAUGGUAUCCAAAUGCUGGCACAUUUAGAAGAUUAUAUUAUUGCAAUUAGAGAUCAGUCUCCCAUUAGAAAGGAAGAAAAAAUAGCCGAACAACAAACAAUUUUAGCAAAUAUAUUUCCUAAUGCCGAUGAAACAUAUUUAAGAAAAAUGGUACAACGCAUGAAGGGUGACGAAAAGGCUGUAAGUGAUUAUAUAGACGCCCAGUGCAAAAAUCCCACUUAUAUUACAAAAGAAGAGGUUUCACGAAGGAUAAAAAUUCGAGGCCAACACAAGAAAUAUGAAAAGAACUUCGAUGUAAGAAUGUUUUUGGAAGCAUUUCCAAAUGCUUUUGAACAUUUCGAAAAUCCAGGCAGAAAAUGUCAAUUCAAUGAAGGUGCAUACAAAUUUUUAAAACUGAAGUUCAAACAUAUUGAGGAGAACGUUUUGCACAAUUAUUAUAAACGUUAUAACUAUAAUUUAACUUUAAGUGCACAGGCACUAGAAACUGCAGACCCAAAUAUUGUGAAACAUGAUUAUCCUUCAGUGGUGAAUUAUGGUCAUAUAGCAUAUGAUAAUAUUCCAUUACUACAAGAAUGUGCAUUCAUAGAAAAUAAAGUACAAAUUAGGAAUUGUAUGAAUAUGAUAAGAGAAGAUGAAAUUAAAGAAUUCGAAAAACUAAAGAAAAAUAAUGAACUAUUGGAGUGCGAAUGCUGUUGUGAUCCGGAUUGUAUGCCAUCGAGAUGCUUCACAUGUAGCGAUGGGCAUAUAUUUUGUAAAUCGUGUAUGAAGAAAGGCAUUGAAGUGAGGUUGGCAGAAGGAGAUACACGCAUAGUAUGUUUUUUAACAUGCAAAGGUGAAUUUAGCUAUUCUUCAUUGAAGAAAGCAUUAUCUCCGACAGAGUUUAGCUUUCUGCUAAAUAAACAACAAGAAGUUGAAGUUAUAGCCGCUGGAAUAGAGGGUUUGGUAUCUUGUCCCUUUUGUUCUUUCGCAUCUAUACCACCUUCUGAAGACAAAAUCUUUAGAUGCUUUAAUCCUGAUUGUAUGAAACAAUCAUGUAGGUUGUGUAAAAAAUUAAAUCAUAUACCAUCAAAAUGCUACGAGGAGAACAAUGAGAAGGCACGCUUAUUGUUGGAAGAAAAAAUGACUGAAGCUAUUAUACGUAAAUGCAAAUCGUGUUCCAGGCAAUACUUUAAAACUUCUGGAUGUAAUAAAAUUACAUGUCCUUGCGGAGUUUGCAUGUGUUACAUAUGUGACGUACAAAUUUUUGGAUAUGAACAUUUUAAUAAUGGUGACUGUCCGCUCUAUAGCGAUAAUCAGAAAUUGCAUAAUGAUACUGUCAAUGCAGUUGCUAAUGCAACUUUGCAGUACAUAGCAGUAAAGGAUCCUAAUGUACGGAUAGAAGCACUCGGUACUGUGUCGAAGAAAACGUCGAUUGUUGUUCCUGAUGCCAACGUUUCGGUUAGGGGCGAAGACAUGUUAUUGCCUGCAACCGCAUCGAAGUAUCGGGAGACACGGGAAAUUUUUAGGACGCUUGCCGACGAUAUAAGCCAGCCAACAUUGGAUGAUCGAGGAUUGUCGAGGAAUAUUACAACGCCAACAUCGUUGAAGUCAAGCGCGGGACUGAAUGACACAUCGUGGAUCGAAAAAAAAAGAUCGGUCGCCCUCGGUUCACACCUGUUUUUGUUUUAUUGUACCGAACAUAGAAUAUUCGAAGAAAAUAGUGAAAAUUUCGCUUUAUUUCGCAGGAGUGUCGUCUAUUCUAUCCGCAUCAAGCACGGAACUAUUGGGUUGGAAACUAAGUAA